AUGUUAUUAGUGCUGUUCCUAAGCUAUUUGCAUAGGGCUAUCCGACGAAAUAAUGCUAAUGCUAUUGCAACUACGAACAUAGCUGAUAUCCCUCCUGACAUGGUUAACCCUGGAGCUGUUGAAUUAGUGUUAGACAUCAGAAGGGAAUACACCAGGAAACUGCAGGAGUCCCAAGAACGGGCCAGAAAACUUCGUGCUGAUCUGGCUGUUGAGGAGCACCGUGGACAGGAGUUAAGUAGAAUCCUGAAAGAGAUACUUCCAGAUCCAAAAACAUCUGCUCCUCAGAGACCUCGUCUGGGAAGAAGAACAAGCAAUGAAAGAAAAAAAAUGUCAAAACGUCUGACUGAUGAAGCAAUGGCGUAUUUCGAUGAAUGUGUCUCCAUAUCAACAUUUGAUAGUUCUGAUUUCUCAGCACCAGAAGAUCCACCUCCCGCUUCAGUUGGAGCCACUGUCACAGUUGGUGGCAUUGCUUCUUUGCCCCGAGGAAGUCCAAGCAUUUCAACCUCCUCUUGCUCAAAAAGUUGCCUCAACCGUAAACAGGAAUCAGGUGUCCAUGGUCAGCUCAUGGAUGGACGUGAGGAUUCUGGUUUAACAGCUAGCAGCAGCAGCAAUGAUCCCUUGAUGGAUCCAGCCAGUCAAAGAAGCACUAAUACGGAACGGAUUCGGAAACAGUUCUCCUUUGGUUGCAGAUCAAAUGAGGUUAUUGGCCUCCAACAAGAUAUUAGGAGCUACAUUACACAUUUUGGGAAAGAUAUUGAUAAAGAUGGUAUCAACUCAGAGAGUACAAGAUCAAAUUACUAUGAUGCAGAUGAGUAUAAUUUCCAAGGACAUGCAGAAGGCCUGCUAUUUGACAGGGUGUUUCUUCACAGCAGAAUGGAGUCUGGGAGUUUGCAUCUCUGUGGUGGAGGUUUUGCAAUUUCAUUCUCUCCUUUCGCUUCUUUUAUCUGA